UAGAGUAGCUGGCUAGCAGUUAUUAGUCAGCUCGAAAAGACAGCCAGUAGGUUUGAAAAGGAUGUACAAUUCAACGUAUUUUACUACAAGACAGGUUUUAAUAUUCGGGUAAGAUAGCAAUAGCAAACAGGUACACCACCUUGUAGAUACAUAACUUUGCGGGUUGCUUAUGUUUUUGACCGUUAGCUAAUUUAAUUGCGUAAUUUUACUGCUUGAUUCUGAACGACAACGUCCUUAGCUAACAGGCUAACGUUAGCUGAAUGUAUUUGGUUAGCCAGUCUUGAUUUAAUCAACAAGGGAACUACAAAAGCAGCUUUUUAAAUUAUCCGUCAGUUGUAUGCGGGAAACACAAUAAGGAAAGGAGUCAUCUUAGACGAUGAGAAAAACAACUGAACAAGGUGCUGGGUGGUGAGAGAACAGAAGGCAGCGUGGACGGCAUGCUGAGGCGACUACACCUGCCCCAGAAUGAGUGUCAAUGAUGGCGAAGGCGGAGCAGCUAGCAAAGAUGGGCGGGCCUACAGCCUGCAGGUUUACCCACGGCUCUCAGCGGACUGCUCACCUUGCUGUUCCCUCAAGGUGCCCAAGGAUGCCACGGCUGCCUCUGUCAUCCAGGACGCAGCCUCGGCCCUGGGUGUGGACCCGCAACUUCUCUACGUGCUGGCCGAGGUGAAGGAGUGCGGCGGGGAGGAGUGGGUGCUGGAGUCGGGGGACCUCCCCGUCCAGAGGGUCCUGCUGUGGCCUCGCAAAGCCCAGGAGCAGCACCCCCAGAGCGAGGGCUUCUACUUUGUUCUCCAGGAGAGGAACCGCGACGGCACCAUCCACUACGUCCACCUUCCCGUCCUCUGCAAGGAGCAGGAGGCACAGAGGUUGGCGGCCAGAGGCUUCCUCCCCCCGCGCCAGGAGGACUUUGAUGACCUGUGCAACCUCCCAGUGCUCAAUGAGAGCAGCAUCCUGGAUAACCUGCGCAACCGCUUCCACAAGAAAAAGAUCUACACCUAUGCCGGGUCUAUCCUCAUUGCCAUCAACCCCUUCAAGUUCCUACCCAUCUACAACCCCAAGUACGUCAAGAUGUACGAGAACCAUCAGCUGGGGAAACUGGAGCCGCACAUCUUUGCCAUCGCGGACGUGGCCUACUACGCCAUGCUAAGAAAGAGGGUAAACCAGUGCAUCGUUAUCUCUGGGGAGAGCGGCUCAGGAAAGACGCAGAGCACCAACUUCCUCAUCCACUGUCUGACUGCCCUCAGCCAGAAGGGCUAUGCCAGUGGAGUGGAGAGGACCAUCCUGGGUGCUGGGCCUGUGCUGGAGGCGUUUGGGAAUGCCAAGACGGCCCACAACAACAACUCCAGCCGUUUUGGGAAGUUCAUCCAGGUCAACUACUUGGAGAGCGGGGUGGUGAGAGGGGCAAUCGUAGAGAAGUAUCUCCUGGAGAAGUCUCGCCUGGUCUCCAGAGAAAAGAAUGAGAGGAACUACCAUGUGUUUUACUAUCUACUGGUGGGAGCGUCCGAGGAGGAGCGCAAGGAGUUCAAACUCCUGCAGCCUGAAGAUUACCUCUACCUCAAGCAGCAAAACUUUAAGAUCGAAGAUGAAGAAGACCUGCGUCAUGAUUUUGAGAGGCUGCAGCAGGCCAUGGAGAUGGUGGGCUUCCUGUCUGCCACUAAGAAACAGAUCUUCUCUGUGCUGUCGGCCAUCUUGUACCUGGGCAACGUGACGUACAGGCAGACGUCUACAGGCCGAGACGAGGGACUGGACGUGGGACCACCGGAAGUCCUGGCUACCCUCUCAGACCUGCUCAAGGUGGAAGAGGAGUUGCUGGUCGAGGCACUAACUAAGAGGAAAACGGUGACAGUCAAUGACAAGCUGAUUCUGCCCUACAGCCACAGUGAGGCCAUCACUGCGAGAGACUCCAUGGCCAAGUCUCUGUACAGUGCACUGUUCAACUGGAUUGUCCUGCGCAUCAAUCAUGCCCUGCUCAACAAGAAAGACAUGGAGGAAUCUGUCCCGUGUUUGUCAAUAGGGGUCCUGGACAUAUUUGGCUUUGAGGACUUUGAGACCAACAGCUUUGAGCAGUUCUGUAUCAACUAUGCAAACGAGCAGCUUCAGUAUUACUUCAACCAGCACAUCUUCAAACUUGAGCAGGAGGAGUACCAGGCGGAGGGCAUCACCUGGCACAACAUAGACUACACUGACAACGUGGGCUGCAUCCACCUCAUCAGCAAGAAGCCCACUGGUCUCCUGUACCUACUGGACGAGGAGAGCAACUUCCCCCAUGCCACUGAUAAGACCCUGCUGGCCAAGUUUAAGCAGCAGCACCAGGAGAAUAAGUACUUUGUGCCCACGCCUGUGAUGGAGCCUGCCUUUGUCAUCCACCACUUUGCUGGGAAAGUCAAAUACCAGAUCAAGGACUUCCGGGAGAAGAAUACGGACCACAUGCGUCCAGACAUUGUGGCUCUACUGCGCAGCAGUGACCGAGCCUACGUGCGUCAGCUGAUCGGGAUGGACCCUGUGGCCAUGUUCCGCUGGGGCAUCCUGCGAGCCACCAUCAGGGGGAUGGCUGCCUUCAACGAGGCUGGACGCCACUGGGCCACCAAGACCGCAGGUGUGCAGCGCCCCACUUCCAGGACUCCUUUGGGGGAGCUGCAGAGGUCCAACACGCCUGUAGAAAGGAUGUACCGACGGGCUUCUAUGCUCGAUUUCUACUUUGAUCACUCUGACGAGCGCCCACUAGAGGCCUUCGAAGACAUCUUUGCUAGCUAUGAGAGUAAGAAGAAAAACAAGAACGCGAAGCAGAAACAGAUCAUACCCAAGAGCCUGCUGGACUCUCGCUCCCUGAAGUUCAUCGUCGGUCGGACCAUCCACGACCGCUCCACCAAGUCUCUGCAUCACCUCAACAAGAAGAAGAAGACCCCCAGCAUCAGCGCUCAGUUCCAGACGUCUCUGACAAAGCUGCUGGAGAAUCUGGGCAGAGCAGAGCCCUUCUUCGUCCGCUGUAUUCGCUCCAACUCUGAGAAGAAGGAGAUGUGUCUGAAUGAGACCCUGGUGCUGCAGCAGCUGCGCUACACAGGCAUGCUGGAGACUGUUCGCAUCCGAAGGUCUGGCUAUGGAGCCAAGUACACCUUCCAGGAAUUCAUCGAGCAAUUCCGAGUGCUGCUGCCCAAAAACGCCACACCCUCCAAGCCAGAGGACAUCUCAGCCUUGUUCCAGAGGAUGAAUCUAGACCACACCACCUACCAGAUAGGCAAAACCAAGGUUUACCUGAAGGAACUAGAGCGUCAGCAGCUGCAGGACACGCUGCACAAGGACGUGAUGCGUAAGAUCAUCUUCCUGCAGCUCUGGUUCAGGGCGCGCCUGGAGAGGAGGUACUUCUUGGAGAUGAGACAGGCGGCCAUCUUGAUCCAGCGUGCAUGGCGUAGGCAACACAAGGAGAGACGGCGUCAGGCGGCCACGCUGAUUCAGGCCGUUUGGAGGGGCUCUAGACAGAGAUCACAGUACCUCCGAAGGCGGACCAGCAUCAAGAAGAUACAGGCUCUGGCCAGAGGACACUCAGCACGGAGGAGGUGCCAUUCAAUACGGGAGGACAGGAGGAAAAAGGAGGAUGAGGAAGAGGAGGCCAGGAGGGAGGAAGCUGCAGCUAGGCUAGUGAGAGAGGCAGAGGAGGCAACCCGACUGGAAAUGGAUGCAGAGGAAGAGGCGUUCAGGAGAAAGAAAGAGGCAGAGUGGGAGUCCGCAGAGAGGAGGGUGAGGGAGAAUGAAGAGGCAAGGCUGAGGCAGGCAGAAAGCGUCAAUGAGGAACCUGAGACACAGGAGGAACUAGAGGCAGAGGUGGUAGCUGAAAGGACUCUAGAUGAGAGCCGGCAUUGGGACAAAGUGCCUGUCCAGGACAAGGAGGAGCAGAGGGAGGAAGUGGAAGAUGGAGAAGCUGCAGCUAGUUCACCUUCUGAGAAGGUGGAAACGGGGAAUGCCUCUGCAGUCUCCCAGCCUGAUAAGGGCAACAGUACACAGGCUGAGGCUGGGCCCCAGCUGGAGGAGGAGAGCCAGGCUGUGGAGGAACAGGAGCAAGCCCACUCCGAGGAGCCAGAGGAGCGGGGGACCACAGAGGCAGCUGCCCCCCACUCACCAGAGAGACACAAGGGGGCUCAGGCGGCUGCGGAGGCUACCCCCUCCGCAGACCCCCAGUCAGGGCAGAAGAAGUUACGUCCUCCCCCCCACAAGGUCACAGCCUCCAGGAGCCAGGAGAAGAGGGAGCUUCGGCGCCAGCGGGGCCUGGAACACAGCCAGAGAGAGAGUAAGCGGGUCGCCUCGGCAGCCACCAAGGAGGAGCCAUCCCCUAAGGUCAUAGAUCAGGAGGCAGCCAGCCGAGCCGAGGAAAAGCCAAAAGGCCGGACGGAUAGCAAGGAGAUGGACCAGUACACCUUUGUAGCCUGGAAGAAGGACGACAAGGGGAAGAAGGAAGCCAAAGCCACCACCCCUGCUCCUAUACGCCCCAGCACCUUACCCCUGAACCCCGCUGAGCCAAUGGCUAACAGGAACGGCCAUGAGGUCCUGGGUCCAGGCAACCUGACUCGGUACAGCCAACAGGACGCUAUGAAGGAGAAGGCAGAGAAAUGGAAGGAGGGAAAGAUUGAUGUACAACAACCAGAGAGUACCAGUCCUCCUGAGGCCCACAGCAAGGACAGGAUAAAAAAAUAUUCACAGAGUGUUGGAAACUCGUCAUCUUUUGAUGCUAUGUCCCCUGGAUCGGCUGGUGCUACGUCAAACAGAGAGGUCAGAUCACGUUACCGUAAACGUGCCAAACACAAACGUCGGCUAGCUCGUAGACGCUCGCCUUUUAAGAAAAGUGCAGAAGUGGACUAUUGGACCUGCUUCCCUUUGUCCCCUGUGGGCCCAAGCAGGCCCUUGCACUCAAAGUCCAUGGAUAAGUCUCCUACAGAGGAUGGGUCAAAGGGCAGCAUGAAGAGGAGGACCCAUGACACAUCAGGCCACCAGGACACUGUCCAUACUCAUCCUUCCACCCCAGAGAAACCCUCAGGGUUCCUGAGGAAGAUCCUGAAGAAACGUCCCCAUAAGGAGCCUCAGACCCCUGACGAUGUAGAACUGACCAUGGCCCAGGCCCUGAUCGAACGAGGAGAAGACCCGGCUAGUGGAGGUCGGGCGGUGAGCCGGAACCCCACCAUCAAGAUCAGCCGGGCCACACGGGUCUCAGAGCAGUGGAACGCCUCACUGGACCGGGAGAUUACCAAUGCCAACGAGCUCCGACAUCUGGAUGAGUUCCUGGGGAAUCAGGUGAAUGACUUCCGCUCCAGGGGGAAGCAGUUGUCGGCAACCGAGCACAUCUUCGUCACAGCCACCAUGCAGUUCAGAGAGACCAUCAAGGGAAUGUACUCUCUCCCAAAACCCCACAUUGGCUACAACGGUCUGAUGCGUGGCUACCAGAACAAGGUGAUCAGCCUGGCCGGAGACAAGCAGAAGGGUGAGGUGCAGCUGGUGGUAAACCUCUUUCAGUCUGUCCUGGACGGCUUCAUACGGGGAGAGAUCAAGAAAGAGGAGGCAGAACCAGCUAAGCCUGAUAAAACUCGGAAGAAGAGGCGCAAAAAAUACAAGAGUAUGGAGAACCCUUUGGACCAUGUGUUCAGCACGUACCAGGUUAACAUCAUGCAGUCCUGUGACCAGUGCAGCUCCUAUAUCUGGGGCAUGGAGAAAGCCUGCAUGUGUAGCUAUUGCAAGAUGGUGUGCCACAAGAAGUGCCUCUGCAAAAUUGUCACAGACUGCUCCACGUUUUGUGUCAAAAAGAGUGAUGAGGAGUCUGGAGGCCUGCACUUUGGGGUGCGAGUCUGUCACCUGACCAGCGACAAAAACACUGUUCCCAUGGUGCUGGAGAUAAUGCUGGAGCACGUGGAGAUGAACGGCCUGUACACGGAGGGGAUCUACCGCAAGUCUGGCUCUGCCAACCGCAUGAAGGAGCUCCACCAGCUAAUGGAGACUGACCCCCACGCUGUGUGCCUGGAGGACUACCCCAUCCACACAGUGACGGGGCUGGUCAAACAGUGGCUGAGGGAGCUGCCUGACCCCCUCAUGACCUUCAUUCAUUACAAUGACUUCCUUCGGGCCGUAGAACAUCCUGAAAAGCAAGAACAGCUACAUGCCAUCUACAAAGUGUUGGAAGAACUCCCCACUGCAUGCUUCAACACCUUGGAAAGGCUUGUCUUCCAUCUAGUCAGAGUGUCUAAGGAGGAGUCUCACAACCGCAUGUCUCCCAACUCCCUGGCCAUCGUGUUUGCCCCCUGCAUCCUCCGCUGUCCCGACAGCGCCGACCCGCUCAUGAGCAUGAGGGACGUGGCCAAGACCACCACGUGUGUGGAGAUGCUGAUCAACGAGCAGAUCCGAAGCUACAACGAGAAGAUGGAAGAGAUUGAACAGCUGGAGUAUGCAGAGGCUCUGGCCGUCAACCAGCUCAAACUCAAGAGGCAGAACACGCUGCACUGGCAUUUGCCCCUCAGGUUUUCUGCUCCGUACAAAGGAGUGGUGGUGCAUGAGAAAGAGUGCUCUGACCCGACUGUGGUCCCUGGGAACGAUGUUCCGCUGGACUCCGAUACGGAGGCUGAGAAGAACCUGAUGGCGCGCAUCAAGUCCAUCAAACAGGAGAAGGAGGAACUAGCCUACAGACUGCCAGAGCUGGAGCAGCCUGGUUCAGACCAGGAGAACCUGGAUUCUGAGGCGUCGGUGAGCUCUGAGAGCCUGCUGGACGAGCGCUGCCACAACUCUGAGCCCGAAGGCCAAGCUGACCUUGCCCAGAGACCUAAGGCCCCAGGGGGCAUUCCUCUCUCUGCAACCUAGUCUCCUCUGGCUCCACCUCCCGGCCACAACGCCAUCGCCCCAUCAUCCUCGGCACAGUAAAGCUGCCGCCGGGCAUCCGCUCGCAGCCCCCCGCUGCGGCCCUCAACCCCUCCUGCCAGCCAUGGCUUCAGCCUGAUCAAGAGGCGGAAACAGCCCGCCCGACGCAAAGAAGGCACCCAGUCCCUGUACAUCAGUCC